GUGCGGAGCUCUGCUUCAGCAGGGCCGUCAGCUCAUGGGCCGCCAUGCGGGCAGCAAGGGUGCGAGUGGAACCUGCGGCAAGGGCAAGGACAAGUCGGGCACAUACGUCAACUGCUCGGCGUGCCGGUAUCGCUGGAACUUCAGGUCCAACCACUGGUGCCACCAGUGCUGCUCGCCGAUGGUGCCGCACCCGUCGCCUGACAAGAAGCCCACGGGCCAGUGGUCGUUCGGUCCGCCCAUGCUCGCGUCGAGCCCGUUCGGCACCGCCGCUGGUGCGGCGCCGCCUGCGGGUGGCCAGCCCAAGGGCCCUCCUGUGCCGCCGAGGGCCGCCAAGGGCGCGCCGAAGGAGCGCCGCCCAUGGGUCUGGCACGGGCCGGGCUGGCACCCGUACGGCGGCGGGCCGCCGCCAGAGGGGCCGCGUGAAGCACCGCGGUCUGCUGACCCCCUCGCGUUGCUCCGCGAGAAGUUGGGCGAUUGCGACGAGCUCACGGCCCUGUCCGCCAAGUUGGCCGCCAGGGAGCAGCCCGCCGCUGAGGUCCCUCGCCGCCCGCCCCUCUUGGAGGAGGAGGUCUCCGCGAAGGGGAUCGCGUGCAGGCGCGCACAGGCGUGGCUCGAGACCUGCGCGGGCCGUGUCAUUGAGGGCGAGGCCUGGCUGGCCGACGCCAAGGCUGCCGAGGACGCGGCGGCGGAGGCGGCACACCAGGCCCAGCAGGAAUGGGAGGAGGCUUGCGCCAAGCAGCUGCCGUCUCCGCCGACGCCGCGGUCUGAGACGGCAUCCGCUUCUACGGCCAUCAACCUCUCGACGCUCGUCGACGAAUGCUCGCUGCGCUUCGUCGAUGGCCCCCUCUUCGACCUGGAGGGCCUCGAGGUCGACGAGACGGAGCGCGCCGAGUGGGCCCGCAUCAAGGGCGAGCUCGCCACCAGCGUGCAGGCCAAGGUUCAGGAGGCCCUGGGUCCCGCUGCUCAGCAGGUCCUCAAGUUGCGUGAGGAGGCCCAGGCUCUCCACGCCAGGCUGCAGGCCAAGAGGCGCCGCGGCUCGGAUGGGCUAAGGCCAGCGCUGCCAUUGACGAGAAGAAGCGUGACGCGCAAUGAGUUUAGCGCCUGCGAUUGCACCGCCGCUGUCACGUACGGUGGCUCGCCGUUUCCGCUCUACGGGGACAUCUUCCUCUCGAAGGACGACGAGCUCGCCUUCUUCCCCGACCUGGAGGUCUUCGGCCACUACAAGUUCGGCUCCUCUCAGAGCGACGACGACUCUGAGUUCGAGGGCAGGGCGGUCCAUUGCAAGGACCAGGACCCUGCCAGGCGGGCGGCCAUUCAUAAUCGACAGCUUCUUGAGAGGCGGCUGAGGUCUUUCACUGGCGCCUGGGUGCCCGACCCCAGCGUGGUUGAUGAAGUUUCUGGCUUGGCCGACUGGAAGCGGGUUUGCAUCCCAUGCGUUGCCAGUUUCCUGGCAGAUCCCGCACUGCAGCCUCUUGUCCAAGAGGCCGCUGGUUCCGCAGGUCAUGGCAACCUGGCGGUCGCUCAGCUGGACAUGGCCAGGCAGAUCUGCGAGCGAGCGUGCCAUGCUCGCCGUCGCCAGCGGCAGGCUUAUCGUGACCACCUCAAUAGCCUCCGCGACAUCGACCACGAUGACUGGCAGGAAGAAUUGGCUCGCAACGCCUGA